ACUGAAGGAUCCUUAGUGCUGUGAAAGAAUUAAGCCGCUUGGUCUUCAAGUUCAACUUCGAUUGCAGAUCAUAGCCCUCCUACAUUUUGUGUACGCAAGAUGAGCUGGGACGAAUACAUCACAAGCAAUCUUAUGGCUCCUGUUGAUGCUAAUGGGUCAACACUGAGCAGCGCUGCCAUUUUGGGACUGGAUGGCUCUGUCUGGGCGAAAUCUAGUGGGUUCCCAGCUUUCACGCCUGAAGAGUUCGAGAAAGUGAUGGCAGCUAUGGCUGAUCCAGCUAUAACAGCUGCUUUUUUCUCGGGCGCCAAGUACAUGAAGGUGACGUCUGACGAGACUGUUCUGCGCUGCCGCAAAGACAAGAUUGGGUUCAUCGCCCGCAAGACCAACACGGCCAUUGUGAUGGGCUUCUAUGAGGAUCCUCCAGUCAGCGGGCAGAUGUGCAACCGGGUUGUGGAAGCUCUAGGCGACUACCUUGAGCACCAGGGCUACUAAGGUCCCCGUUGGGCCUGCCGCCAGUUUGGUUGCAACCAAGCUCGCGACAGAUUCUUUACAAGCGUUUUGGUGUGAUGUGUGGCAACUUCUGCGCUGUCUUGUGUUCCGAAAAGGCAAAGUAUGUGCAGGAAUUUCGUUGCCGCGCAGGGAUGCAAGCCGACGUUUUGCAGUGUCUAGGGGCGCAUAGGUCAAUGAAUGAGGAGAUGGCUACUGCUGCUGCGGCUUUUUUGAUUUGAAGUGCUGAUGUGCGGCACGCUAUGCUGGCACAGCAGGAUUGGCUGUGGGGGUUGCGCGGGAGUCGUCAGUCACGGUUAGGUGGCACAGAGACCAUGUGCACGUUUCCAUGGUUGGCCUGCGUUUGAACUAGGUCUUAAGAGUUCUGGUACGUGUAUGUCCUUGUACAGUCCUCAGCAUGAGGGGUAUGGCCGGGGCUGCAACUGGACGGUUAGUUGAGACCAACGGGAUUCGCGAGACCUUAAAGCGAGGUCAGUCCAGGGCAAUACCUGAAUGUUCAGGCGUAGUUAACCUGUAACGAGCGAUAUGUGACAG